UCGCAUUGCGAUCGCGCAGCAUCGCACACCACAUACACACCUACAACCUCUUUCCUCCCUCCUCAAUUAUCCGCAACCAUUCUCCCAUCACUCACAAUGGCAACCUCCACCCCCCUCACAAACCCAACACCACCAACAACCACAACCACAACCACAAAACGCAAAUCCUCCCCCUCCGACUCCCCCUCAACCCCCCAAACCAUCCACUUCACCGCACGCACACCCACAUGGACCUAUCUCAAACUCCAACUCAUCACCCACGACAUCACCCCCACCCUCGACCCCCUCACAGCCCGAACCUACCUCUCCGCCGCCCUCACCCAAUUCCUCGGCCUAACCGGCACCGCCAUCCCCAUCGACAUCCUCAAAGUCUUCACCGAACAACGAACUCCAACACUGUGGACGCGAGUUCCCCGCGACGAUGCCUCGGCUGUCGUGGCGGCGCUGAGUUCUUGGAUUGGCGGGGGGGCAAGUACCAAUGGUGGUGGUGAUGCGGCGGCAGGGAAUGUGGCGUGGCGGGUCUGCGCGAAGGGGAAUUAUCUGGGGGCGUUGGUGCAGGGGUCCGGGGGGGAGUUGUUUGUGCCGUAGGUGAAAGAGGGAAAUGGUUGGUUGGUGAUUGAUGAGAGGGCUAUAACAAUGCGGCCUGGUGCACAGGGUCUACCACUUUAAAUGGAGGGUUGAGAACUCGCCACCGUUGGAGAGAACGGAAUAAGGAGUCCAGGUCCGCAGACACACCGAACGACGCACGACUGGUGAAACAUCGCAGACGCCUCCGCAGACAGACGACCAGGCGGUACCCCGGCUAUCUAUUGGGAUUGCAGAUGAAAAUCUCCCCUGCAGAUUUGAGUGUCGAUCCCCGGUUCAAUUCCGGCCCGUUUGCAGUGCAGGACUCCAGUAGAUGAAGUACCAUUCUAGCAGGAUAUUUUGGCAUGAAAUCCACUACUACCACUACUCUGCCAGCGCAUCAAAUUUCACUGAGUGAUGAAGAUG